AUGGCACCUCACAACGAAAUGCCCAAAUUGCCUGUCGAAAUCCAAUUGAGCAUCAUCGACGCCAUCGCGCCGGCAGACCUCCCCCAAAUAGCCCUCCCCCGAAACCAUCCCUUCACAAAAACCCUCGUCGCCCUGACCUACACUUCUCGGGCUCUCCAACCUCACGCGCGCCGACUCCUCUACACACACUGCCUAUACAUACAUACCCCCAAUCGGUUGCGGAAGCUGCUGCGCAGUAUACAGGAGUCUCCGCAAGAUGUUCAGAAAGAUCUGCUGGACCAUGCAACCUCGCUGUAUCUCCGGCCGUACCCCGUCGAUGGAACGAUAGCAGAUGUAGGAAUCACCAACGAUGUGCUUCUACUAAUGACAACGCUCGCUCCCCGCUUGCGCCGUCUGCUAGUCGAUAUACCAUUCCGAAGUGUAUAUCCCGACGAAGAUAGAUUAGGCGUGCGGCCAGUGCUGCGGAAUGCGUUCUCGAAUCUGCCAGCUGUGGAAGAGUUCUGCAGUGUGCGCGACGAGCUGUAUCUUGAGCUAGGAGCUUCUGAUGGUCCGGGUGUGUGGUCUGGGUGGGAGAGAUUAAAGACGUUGGUACUGUAUAAUGUUGAUAUGGCGACGGCGAAGUUCUGGAAAGGGUUGUAUCUGGCGAGGGGUAUUGAGACGGUAGUUUUGACGAGGGCUGAUGGACUGAGGGAGGUCGAUAUGAAGCAGGAGUGGAGGCAUUGCUUUCGUGUUGAUGGGACAGAGGGGGAGGAGAGAAGGUUGGAUUUCCUGCUGGUUAAUGUUGAUGCUGAGCAUACGAUUCCGUUGGGGUGGGAGAGGCGGAGGAAGGAGGAUAAGUUGCAGGUGAGGAUUUUGAAUGUGCCGAUUAGUUAUUAUGGGGAUGAGGAUUUGGUGGUUAUUUGCCAGCAUUGGGUGAAAAGGAGGGUUUUGCAAGGUGUUCCUGUUGAGGGCUGGUCAUGA